CCUGCCUUCCCAUCAUGCAGCGCGCCCGCCUGCCCCCACCGAGUCGCCAUGUUGUCGGAGUGAAAGCUAGGGAGUCGGAGAGUUCUGGGGCUGAAAUCCGUUACCAUCCACCCACUCCGCCUGUGCUGGUGGAAUGAGCGUAGCGUGCGUGUUGAAGAGAAAAGCAGUACUCUGGCAGGACUCCUUCAGCCCCCACCUCAGACAGCCCCCCCUUGAGACCGCAUCUCCCAGCAUGCCUGUGGUGCUCACAACUGGACCAGGAACCCCUGCAGCGGGCCAGCCCCCUCAGGCUCCACCCCCUAGCCAAGCCCUCCCCCCUGGCCAGGCCACUCCUGGGGGGCGUUCCCAGGAUGAUGCCAUGGUUGAUUACUUCUUCCAGCGGCAGCAUGGAGAGCAGCCGGUCGUGGGCUACAAUAACGGCAAGCAUCGCUGGCCCACCGGAGACAGUAUCCACGGUGACACCCAGGUGCGAUCUAUGGAUGAGCUGAACCACGACUUUCAGGCCCUGGCACUGGAAGGUCGGGCCAUGGGAGAGCAGUUCCUGCCAGGAAAGAAGUUCUGGCCAGAGGACCCAAGUAAGGACGGACCAAAGGGGAUUUUCCUUGACCAGUGGCGAGACAGCGCCUGGGGAACCUCUGACCACUCGGUAUCGCAGCCCAUCAUGGUGCAGCGGAGGCCUGGCCAGAGUUUCCACGGCGGUGGCGGUGAGGUGGGCUCCGUGCUGUCGCCGCGCUCCGAGAGCGGGGGCCUCGGCGUCAGCAUGGUAGAAUACGUGCUCAGUUCCUCCCCCGCGGACAAGAUGGAGCCCUGCUUGAGCAAGAGAGCCUUUGGACCCCGUGACCCUGAGGUGGAUGAUGGUGACAAGCGCGAGAAGAAGAGCAAGGCGGCCUUCGACCCGGACAAGCUGAAGGAGCUGAAGGAGGUGGAGGGAGACGGACUGGAGAGCACCGGCAGCCUGCCCAUGCAGAAUGGCAUCGACGUCGACGUCAAGGAGCCUUUCAGCCGCACCCCGGGGAACUGCCCCCCUCCAGGAGCAGAGGUGGACCUGCUGGGUGCAGGCCAAGGCCCCGUGGAGGGUCUCUCCCAGCUGGCAGGCAGCAAUGGGCCCAAGCCCGUGGAGGACUUCACCGGUGUGGAGUCUCAGGGGGUCCCCAUGGACCCCAUGGAGUCCGUGGGCAUGGAGCCACUGCAGUUUGAGUACCCUAGUAGUCAGAUGCCCAUCGACUCCUCCGGCGCCGCCGUGGGCCUGUUUGAGUACAAUUCCCAACAGCAGCUGUUCCAGAGACCAAACGCGCUGGCUGUGCAGCAGCAGCAGUAUGCCCUGGCCGCCGCCCAGCAGCCUCACAUCGGUCUUGCGCCAGCUGCCUUCGUGCCGAAUCCUUACAUCAUCAGUGCUGCCCCGCCUGGCACUGACCCCUACACCGCCGGCCUGGCGGCAGCUGCCACCCUGGGUCCAGCCGUGAUGCCCCACCAGUACUACGGCGUGACUCCUUGGGGCGUUUACCCCGCCAACCUCUUCCAGCAGCAGGCGGCGGCAGCGGCUGCGGCCUCCAGCUCGGCCAAUCAGCAGGCAGCCAGCCAGUCCCAGCAGAACCAGCAGCAGGUGAUGCGUGCAGGGGGGAACCAGCGCCCCCUCACCCCCAACCAGAGCCAGCAGGGCCAGCAGACGGACCAGCUUGUCGCCGCUGCUGCCGUGAACUCCGCCCUGGCCUUCGGACAGGGCCUGGCUGCAGGUGUGCCUGGUUACCCAGUCCUGGCCCCUGCUGCCUACUAUGACCAAACUGGUGCACUGGUGGUAAGCACUGGGACCCGGAGCGGCCCAGUUCGCCUCAUGGCUCCUGCCUCCGUCAUCAUCAGCCCCACGGCCGCCCAAGCAGUGGCGGCAGCAGCAGCCUCUGCCAACGGUGCCAGCGGGGGCCUCCCUGGUGCAGCCGGGGGCCCCUUCCGGGCCCUGAGCUCCCAGCAGGCAGCGGCCCAGCAGCCUGGCAGUGCCCUUCCCUCCAGCUCGUUCUACGGCUCCGGCUCCCUGAACUCGGGCUCCCAGGGCAGCUCGCUCUUCUCCCAGGGCUCCGCAGGCCCCCCUGGGGGCACCUCGCUGGGCUUCGGCACCAACGGCGGCCCUGGGGGCCCCGGUGCUGGCGGCGGGGGGUCCUCCUCGCUGGGCGCCACGCUCGGUGCCACGCUGGGCGGAUUCGGCACUGCAGUGGCCAGUUCCAGCGCAGGCGGUGGCUCACGGCGUGACUCGCUGACCAGCAGCACGGACCUGUACAAGCGCCCCCCCAGCAGCCUGGCCCCCAUCGGCCAUGGCUUCUAUAACGGCCUGGGCUUCUCCUCCUCGCCCGGACCCGUGGGCAUGCCUCUGCCCAACCAGGGCCCCGCCCACUCACUGACACCUCCCCCUUCGCUGUCCACCCAUGGCUCCUCCUCCAGCCUCAACCUCGGAGGCCUGACCAAUGGCAGCGGGCGGUACAUCUCGGCGGCGCCGGGGGCGGAGGCCAAGUACCGGAACACCAGCAGCGGUUCCAGCCUCUUCAGCCCCAGCAGCCAGCUCUUCCCGUCGUCACGGCUACGCUACGGCAUGUCCGACGUGAUGCCGUCCGGCCGCAGCCGGCUGCUGGAGGACUUCCGCAACAACCGCUACCCCAACCUGCAGCUGCGGGAGAUCGCCGGCCACAUCAUGGAGUUCUCCCAGGACCAGCACGGCUCCAGGUUCAUCCAGCUGAAGCUGGAGCGCGCCACGCCGGCGGAGAGGCAGCUGGUCUUCAGCGAGAUCCUGCAAGCCGCUUACCAGCUCAUGGUCGACGUCUUCGGCAACUACGUCAUCCAGAAGUUCUUUGAGUUUGGCAGCCUGGACCAGAAGCUGGCGCUGGCCGAGCGCAUCCGAGGCCACGUUCUGUCGCUCGCGCUGCAGAUGUAUGGCUGCCGGGUCAUCCAGAAGGCGCUGGAGUUCAUCCCGUCUGAGCAGCAGGUCAUCAGUGAGAUGGUGCGCGAGCUGGACGGACAUGUGCUGAAGUGCGUCAAGGACCAGAAUGGGAACCAUGUUGUGCAGAAGUGCAUCGAAUGCGUGCAGCCGCAUGCCUUGCAGUUCAUCAUUGACGCCUUCAAGGGCCAGGUGUUUGCCCUCUCCACCCACCCAUACGGCUGCCGGGUGAUUCAGCGCAUCUUGGAGCACUGUCUUCCCGAGCAGACGCUGUCCAUCUUGGAGGAGCUGCAUGCGCACACAGAGCAGCUGGUGCAGGUAAAGCCACCGGCAGUUUUACCGGCCAGCUCCAGCACCUCCUCAUGCAUGUACCAGUUUCAUUCUUCCUCCCUGGCACCCCCGCAGGACCAGUACGGCAACUACGUCAUCCAGCACGUGCUGGAACAUGGACGCACCGAGGACAAGAGCAAGAUCGUGGCCGAGAUCCGUGGCAACGUGCUGGCACUCAGUCAGCACAAGUUUGCCAGUAAUGUGGUGGAGAAGUGUGUGACCCACGCUUCGCGGACGGAGCGCGCCCUGCUGGUGGACGAGGUGUGCAGCGUGAGCGAUGGCCCCCACAGUGCCUUAUACACCAUGAUGAAGGACCAGUACGCCAACUACGUGGUGCAGAAGAUGAUCGACGUGGCCGAGCCCACACAGCGCAAGAUCGUCAUGCACAAGAUCCGGCCCCACAUCGGCACUUUGAGGAAGUACACCUAUGGCAAGCACAUCCUGGCCAAGCUGGAGAAGUACUACAUGAAGAACGGAGUGGACCUGGGCUCCAUCUGCGGCCCCCCCAACGGCAUCAUGUAAUGCCCCCAGUCUUUACUGGGGCCGCCUGCUGGUCACCUCUUCCUGUCCGCUUAGGCGGCUUCCUGUCAGCUCGCUCCUUUUACGAAACGCCUCGUAACUCUAGUCGAUCAUCUGUACUGCUUUUUUUAAUAAAAAAAAUGUGUGAUGUUCAUCUUCUGGGUGUAUAGAAUAGAUGUACAUAGAUAUAAGGCCUAACGGCGGCAUGCUCAGUUUCCUUGGUGUUGCGUUUCCGCGCUUAGGGGGUAACUUCUUGGAUUUUUGGACAUCUUGAUUUUUUUUUCCUUUUUUUUUUUUUCUACUGCCGUGACACAAGAAUAUUUUAAGUUUAAAAAGACCUAAUUUUCAUCUGAAUUAUCGUCCAUAAUCACGAGAACAGCUAAAAUGCUAAGCUUUUGGCCCUCUUUUCCUUUUUUGGUAACAUAAAGCAGACAUUUUUGAUUAUUUAGCAUGGGAGAACUUUCUGGUCUUGCUUAUAUAAUUAUAUAGUGUAUACUUGGUGUAGACUUUUGCAUAUAUAUAAAUAUAUAUAUAAAACUUUGUAGUUUUCUGGUUUUUGAUGUUCAAUCUGUAUCUAUAAUGUAUCCUAGUAGUGAACACAUAUACUUCUGAUUGUAUAAUUGUACAUUUGUAAACCACCUGUAAUGUAAAUGUGGAAAAUUGGAAUUGCUUACACAACCCUUUUCGUAUGAAGAAAAAGACAAAAAAAAAAAUAGAAACCUCUGCAUUUCAGUGUAUAUUCACCCUUUUUUUGGUUGUGGCAUAGUUGUUGUAUAUUGUAAAUUGUAAUAUCAAGUUUUGUUUUGAAAAACCCUUUCUAUACAGCGUUAUCACUUGUACAAAGAACAGAAAUGCUCCAUGGUUUUAACGUGUCACUACUUUAUUUUGAACUAAAUGCCCACAAUUUACCCACGUUAGAAGAACGUUGAGUAGUGACCAUUUUCUUUCUUUUUUUUUAAGAUUUUUAAAGUGAUGGUUUUUCCAUUUCUUGGGGUUUAAAGAGGUUGUGUGAUGCAGACAAGAUAGCUUUGGUUCCACUGUAACCCACCUUAGGGGCUCAACCCAUGUUUUGUACAAAGACCAGUAUCUGCAUUCUCGUGUCUCCUGUAAGUGAUUGUAACAUACUGUCUUUUUCCCCUUGAUGAAAUACAGACUAUGCGGUGUACAUUUCCGAAAGCCUUGUGUAUAUUUCCAAUGAACUUUUUGCCAGCACACUUGUAACCAUAUGUGUAUAGUAAACAAAAUCCUGUGUUUGCUUAUUUGCCUGGGCAACUAUUUUUUGUAACUCUUGUUGUAGAUUGUCUCUAAACGAUGUGUGAUCUUUAUUUUGAAAGAAACAAUCUCUUAAAAUUUGA